AACAUAAAAUUCAUCUAAUCUCAUCUUUGAUUGCGCACACAAUAAUUCUUCCAGAUGGCCAAUCUAUUCAUUAAUCAGGCGAAACAGUACGCCGUGGGUCGCCCCAGUUACCCCAAGCAACUUUUCCAGUACUUUGCCUCCAAGACACCUUCUCAUGAUCUUGUUUGGGAUGUCGGUACUGGCACCGGUCAGGCUGCUCGAUCUUUGGCUGAGUUAUACAAGAAUGUGAUAGCCACGGAUACCAGCCCAACACAACUGGAACACGCACCUAAACUCCCCAAUAUACGAUACCAACACACCUCUCCAAUAAUAUCUAUGGAGGAGCUCCAACAGAACGUGGUGGCAACAGAAUCGAGCGUGGAUCUGGUGACGGUGGCCCAAGCCAUGCACUGGUUCGACCUCCCCAAAUUCUACGAACAGGUGAGGUGGGUACUGAAGAAACCCAACGGAGUGAUCGCCGCCUGGUGCUACAGCUUGCCGGAAAUCAACGAGGCCGUCGACGCCGUCCUGCUACGAUUCUACAAUAACUCUUACUGGGAUCCGCAGCGGAAAUUGGUGGAUGAGAAGUACACGACGAUCGAUUUCCCUUUCGAACCGGUGGAGGGAGAGUCGGACACGGGGCCGUUUGAUCAGUUCGCAAUAGAGAGGGUGAUGAAUUUUGAUGAGUACAUAACGUACCUGAGGUCGUGGUCCGCGUAUCAGAAGGCGAAGGAGAAGGGAAUUGACCUUCUCGGCGCCGAUGUGAUCGAGAAUUUCCGGCGCGCUUGGAAUGUUGACGGCGACGGCCAAAAAUUAGCGAAAUAUCCGAUUUAUUUAAGGAUCGGAAGGGUGGGGAAGCAAUAAAACAGCAUUAAAGGCAACAGAAAAAAUAAAUGGUUCUCUUAAUUCCCGCGUUCCGGGUCAAGUGGCCACAUUUGAAUUUGAUAGAUGGGUUACCCACAUAAUAUUUUGAUAUUUUGUUCAUUGGUAUCUUUCAACUUUACAUUUCCUCGCCCCUACCUCGCGAAAUUAUUUUGUAGG